AUGAAUAACAGCCCAACUCAUAUUCACUUCAUUAAUUAUACAACUCAGUUCAACUCAAUGUUACAAUCUCCAUUUACAUAUACUUCUAGAAAGAGAAGACACUCUAAUGUAUCUUCAUACCCAACUGUCACUACUACUUCCACCACUGCCACCACUUUCACUUCCACUUCCACUUCCACUUGCACUUCCACUACACAUUCUUCAUUGAAUACCAACUUACCAACACCAACAUCAGCAACAGCUCCAAUACCAAGUCCCAAACGACAACGCAAAUCUAAAGCUGCUAUGUCGGUAUUAAUUAAUAAAUUAUCACAAAUGCAAUCAAAAAUUGAUCUUUUACAAGAUUGUGGAUUAAAAUGUGAAUUACAACAAUUGAUAGAAGAAAGUGUACAAGAAUUGAAUCAAGAACCUAAAUCAAUACAUAUGAAUAUUCCUCAGAAAUCAUUUAAUGAAUUUAUAUUAAAUACUCCCAAAUCAUCUACACCUUUAACAUUAUCUACACAAUCAACAUUAAUAAAGUCAUGUCGGGAGGAAGUUUUCCAUACUAUAGAUGAUGAAGAACAUAACAAUCUUAUAGAAAAUUAUCAAAUAUUUGAGACUCCUAAAGAGAAAAUCAUAAAUUAUGACAAGAUAACUACUCCACCAAGAGCUCCAAGACAAGAAUCAUUAUUACCUGGUUUGAAUUUUCCAAUAUUUGAUAAAGAUGAAAUUGAAUCUGCUGGUUUAGGUUUUUGA